UUGCACUUCCGGCGAAUGCGGAUGACGUAGAGCAUACGUAACUGGCCAGGAAAAGACAACGUUCUAUUGGCGUAAAACUACCGUCCACAAUUGCGACGAAAAACGUUCUUUUUACCUUUAAAUAAUCAUUUUCACGAAAUAACCUGAUCUUUACAGCUUAUUCACGAAGGAGUGGGAGUCGACGUCCAACACUCAAGAUGUCGUACAUGCUACCACAUCUCCAUAAUGGAUGGCAGGUCGACCAAGCUAUCCUUUCCGAAGAAGACCGAGUGCUCGUCAUUCGCUUCGGACACGACUGGGACCCAACGUGUAUGAAAAUGGACGAGGUUUUGUACAGCAUAGCUGAGAAGGUGAAAAACUUUGCAGUCAUCUACCUGGUGGACAUCACAGAAGUGCCAGACUUCAAUAAGAUGUACGAGUUGUACGACCCAUGCACUGUCAUGUUCUUUUUCAGGAACAAGCACAUCAUGAUUGAUUUAGGCACCGGUAAUAACAACAAGAUCAACUGGACAAUGGAGGACAAGCAGGAGAUGAUAGACAUUGUUGAGACAGUGUACCGAGGAGCAAGAAAAGGAAGAGGUCUGGUGGUGUCUCCGAAGGAUUACUCUACAAAAUACAGAUAUUGAUUUUUACACUUUUUUUGUAUGGUGAUAGACUACAAGUGACAGGAGUUACUAUAGUUUUUUUCUUUUAAUUUGCUUUUAACAAGAGUCAGUGUUUGCGCCGUUGUAUUUUGUUGAAUUAAAUUUAGUUCAGACAAUUUA